CUCCCUCCACCCUUUCUCUAAAGAUGAAUGGAAAAAAUCUCCCCAGGGUGCUGACACACACAGGGAACCUGGUCAUGCAGAGUUGUGCUUCCUGGAUCGGGUCCGUUCUUGGCACCUGGAUGGGGGGAAGCAGUACAGACUCACCUGCUACAUGUCCUGGACCCCCAGCCCUGACUGUGCUCUGGAGCUGGUUCAAUUCCUGAGCGAGAACAGCCACGUGAGCCUGCGCAUCUUCGCUGCUGGCAUCCGAACCAGAUUCCAUGGACAUGAGGAUGGGCUGCGCCAGCUGCGGGACGCUGGGGCCCAACUCGCCAUCAUGACCCUCCAUGAGCUCCAGCACUGCUGGGACACCUUCGUGGACAACCAGGGCCAGCCGUUCAGGGCCAGGGAUGAACUGGAAGUACACAUAGGAGCCCAGUGUCAGAAGCUGAAGAGCAUUUCUGGCUGA